CAGAGCCGGAGCCCGAGCGCGGCCGCCGCCUGCCGGGCCUCCCCUCGCCGCGGCCGGCCGCCGCGCUCCCGCCCGGGAGCCCAGCUAUGUACUCCCCGUACUGCCUCACCCAGGAUGAGUUCCACCCGUUCAUCGAGGCGCUGCUGCCUCACGUCCGCGCCUUCUCCUACACCUGGUUCAACCUGCAGGCGCGGAAGCGCAAGUACUUCAAGAAGCACGAGAAGCGGAUGUCGAAAGACGAGGAGCGGGCGGUGAAGGACGAGCUGCUGGGCGAGAAGCCCGAGAUCAAGCAGAAGUGGGCAUCCCGGCUGCUGGCCAAGCUGCGCAAAGACAUCCGGCCCGAGUUCCGAGAGGACUUUGUGCUGACCAUCACGGGCAAGAAGCCCCCCUGCUGUGUGCUCUCCAACCCCGACCAGAAGGGCAAGAUCCGGCGGAUUGACUGCCUUCGCCAGGCCGACAAGGUGUGGCGGCUGGACCUGGUCAUGGUGAUUUUGUUUAAGGGGAUCCCCCUGGAAAGUACUGACGGGGAGCGGCUCUACAAGUCGCCCCAGUGCUCGAACCCCGGCCUGUGCGUGCAGCCACAUCACAUUGGAGUCACAAUCAAAGAACUGGAUCUUUAUCUGGCUUACUUUGUCCACACUCCGGAAUCCGGACAAUCAGAUAGUUCAAACCAGCAAGGAGAUGCGGACAUCAAACCACUGCCCAACGGGCACUUAAGUUUCCAGGACUGUUUUGUGACUUCCGGGGUCUGGAAUGUGACGGAGCUGGUGAGAGUAUCACAGACUCCUGUUGCGACAGCAUCAGGGCCCAACUUCUCGCUGGCAGACCUGGAGAGUCCCAGCUACUACAAUAUAAACCAGGUGACCCUGGGGCGGCGGUCCAUCACCUCCCCUCCUUCCACCAGCACCACCAAGCGCCCCAAGUCCAUCGAUGACAGCGAGAUGGAGAGCCCUGUCGACGACGUCUUCUAUCCUGGCACAGGCCGCUCCCCAGCAGCUGGCAGCAGCCAGUCCAGCGGGUGGCCCAACGAUGUGGAUGCAGGGAGCCCACGGGCCACAGCAUCAGCGCUGCACUUCCCCUCCACAUCCAUCAUCCAGCAGUCGAGCCCAUACUUCACGCACCCGACCAUCCGCUACCACCACCACCAUGGGCAGGACUCGCUGAAGGAGUUUGUGCAGUUUGUGUGCUCGGAUGGCUCGGGCCAGGCCACCGGACAGCCCAACGGUAGCGGCCAGGGCAAAGUCCCGGGGUCAUUUUUGCUACCACCGCCGCCUCCAGUGGCCAGACCUGUGCCCCUUCCUAUGCCUGAUUCCAAAUCCACCAGCACUGCCCCAGACGGCGCCGCCUUGACUCCUCCAUCACCUUCAUUCGCAACGACAGGCGCCUCCUCUGCCAACCGGUUUGUCAGCAUCGGACCCCGGGACGGCAACUUUCUGAACAUCCCACAGCAGUCUCAGUCCUGGUUCCUCUGAUAAGAUCGACAAAAGAAAUGGCAAAAUGAAAAGAAGAGGUUCCUCAAAAGGGGGGAGAAGAAAUUUUGAGACGUGGAAAAAUCCCCCAGCCCAGCCCAGCCCCACCGAAAAGCAAAAAUUAGACGUCGUCAGCCACUCAGCCCUUCUCUCCUCCAGCCCGGGGACCCCUGCAGGCCCCCAGAAGCAGCUCAGUUCUCGGAGAGCCUCAGAAGAGGUCUCGGUGGAGCUGUGCACCAGCAGCCAAGCAGAAAGAAACAUGCAAAACGGACUCUGUCAAGUAGAGGACAGAAAGAAAGGAUGCAGAACUGCCUUCCUCCCCCCACAUCCCGUCCCGGCCUUCUGGGGAAGGAGCAAAAUCCCCAAACAAAGCAACCAGCACAAUUCUGAAGGGGCCUGUCCCCCACCCUCACCCUUCCUAGGGGAACCCCACCCUCGACUAGGGCCGGAGCUUCACUAGGGAGCUCAGAGGACCAGCUUGUAAAGAUGAUGGGGUGCAGAUCCAGAGGGCUCUCCCCUCCAGACUCCACCCCCUCCCUCCCUCACUGCCUUUGCCUCUGGCUUCUUACCCCAGCUGCUCUGGACCGGGUGAGGCAGGGUAGCCUCGAUGUCCCUCUGCCCCACCCUCGGGCUAGAAGCCCCCCGACCCCGGCUGGGCAGGGGGCAUCUCCCGGAGCUAGUUUUGUGCUCCCAGAAUGGAGGGUGUUCUACCACCCGACCCUGAGCUGCAGGGGCAGUUCCCCGGGCCCCAAACCCCUCUGUACAGUCCAUAGGAAAAGGUCGGAAUGCUCUAGACAGCCCAUCCCAGCCUGGGACAGGUCCCCUCUUCCUUCUCUCCCAAGGCAGGCCAGGAAGGUCACCGUCCUGACAUGCUACAAGUGAGGGGAGGUGGGCCCCAGGUUGCCCCCACACCCCAGCCCCGCAUGCAGGUGCCCUCGCUCCGCCCCAUUGGUCCCUGCCCCUGCCCCUACGCAGACAGCCCUGCUGUGGCCGGGCCGGAGAGUGGAGCAGAAAGGGGACCCCGGAGUCGAGCGAGGAGGACGAGGCAGCCGCCGCUGCUGUCGGCUAAACCGCCACCUGCGCUAGGUAGGCGUCCUGCUUGCCGACUUUCAGUUCCUUUGGAGGGUGUUGGGUGUCGUCCUUUUUCAAAAGUGUUUUGGAGCUUUCUCUGCCCCCCCCCUUUCCCCCCACACCACCCCCAUGGCCACUUCUCUCUGGAUUUCAGCUGUAAUGUCUUUACUCUUUAUUUAGGGGUGGGGCAUUCAUUGUUUCGGUCUUUUGCUGUUGCAAUUGGGAACUCCUCCAUUUGAGCAACUUGGGAACAAUUUGGUUAACACACCACAAGAAGUAGCUCUCCCCCACCACCACCACAGCCCCUUCCUCCCCCAAGGGAUGGUUGGGGGCCUGUCCAGAGGGUCUUCAGAAGCCCCCCUGGGAGGGAGGGGAGCAAAAGCACACCCAGCCCGCCUCCAGGGUGUGACUUGGCCCCUCUGGCUUGUCUUUCUGUGCCUUACUCCCUCCUCCCUGCAUCUUGGCCCCCUUCUGGAGUCCUUGUGCCUCUCUCUCUCUUUCUCUCUCCUUCUUAACUGUAUGAAAACACAAAGCACAGGUCAGGAUCCUCUGAAAGUCAAUCAACCCAACGUUGCACCACAUAGGGGUGGGUUAUGGGCUUUAUUUAUUGUGAAUCUAGUUUGUGAGGCUGUGGCCCCAAGCAAAGGGAGGGAAGGAGGGGAGGGAGGUGGCUGGGGAGGAGAGGAGAGCUCUUACCUGCGGCAAAAGGGGCCAGCUUGAGUGGUGCCUCCUCCCCAGCUGGAAGCCACAAGGUGGCUGGCCCCAGGGGUGGCUUUUGUUGGAAGUUGAGCGAAGCCCCUCCCCCAUCCGCGUGCAGCCCUCGGGGAGGACCGGGUCUGAGAAGCAGGGGAUAGGGGAAUCCGCGGGAGCC